UUCGUUGUCUCUCAAGGCAAUUCGGUAGUCUGGGCAGAUUGAAAAAAGGCUGUCCUCUGAAGGCUGGGAAUUUUCUGGGUCUCAAAUCUUUUUCCAGGAUAUCGCUAAAAUACGUAUGUCUACUCAAGUGUGGGCUAGUCCAAAGGUCGAGCGUCGAUGCAAAGCUGAGGCUCAGGUCAGGUCACUAAACAACGCUUACAAAUGGCUUUCAGUUGAUGUGCUGGUGGGAAUGUGUGUACUUAUAGAAUUUUAUGUUCAACCAAUUUUCCGCCUGUUCUCGUUCCCUUUGGGAUGGAUGUCUUCUUAUGAAAAGUUAAUAUUAUCAUCUUUUACUCUCCUCAUUGCCUGCAUUUCAUACCAUGUAUUCGUGAUAAUAAGUUCAGCGUUAAUCCGAAGAAUGGACGCAGGUAAUUCUCACAGUCAGUCAGCUUUAAGAUUUCACUCAUCACCUUUAAACAAGUCACUCGUUGGUCCUUCUAUGUUCUGCUCCAGUUUAUUGAAGAACAGCUUAGACAUCAGUUCUUGUGGAGCUACCUUUGGAAACUCAUCAUAUGAAAUCACCAGUGGAUCUCCUGUUAGACCUGCAGUUCCCUAUGUAGAUGUUGGUAUUCCACAGUCUGUAAAUGAAAAUCAACAUAUUUGGAAGCAAUCAACAAUUGGUACGGUGUCACCACAGCAUAAUCAGUCCCAUAGUAAUUUAUCACAGCCACACUGUGGAUCUUUCCGGGUUUCGGGAAGUCCGGGUGUUCAAGAAAAUCUUUCUCUUUUGGAUUUGGCCCUCAGUCCUAUUGUGAAUUCUGGACUUGGCUCGGUGCUACCACCUUUUAGUAGCGGAGAGGCUCCUGGACAGAGUUCAGGGAACAUGCGUCGUUCUGUCACUUGGUCUUCUCCAUUUUUAACAUCAGGGACAUCCCCACGAUACCAAUAUCAGGCUGCUUAUAUUCAGCCUACUAAUCCUUGCCAGCAAUACUUGAAUGAUUCACAAAAAUCUUUAUCUGGACCAGCCUUUAUUCCAAACAGUAUAACUCCCGAUUCUGGGAAAAGUGAUCGUGAAAUUAACGAACGAUCUGAAGAUGAGUAUUGGAUUGAAAAUCAAGUUAGUAAAAGCGAUUUAGAUCGUUGGACUCUAAAUCUUCGAAAGUGGCUUCAUGGUACAAUCAUUCGACGUAUUGUCAAUGAAAUUGACACAAUUAAUCGAAAUCUUGAAGAAGCUGGUGGCGAUAAAACUCUUAUUGGAUCCACUAGUUUAGCUACCCUUCAACAAUUCUCCUCUCUUAAAUAUCAAUACUUACCAACACUUCCAGUAUUGUUGGCAUUUUUAGAUUUUAUGAAAGAUCAAGGAUAUUUGGUUAAUCGAUUACAUGAAUUAGCUAGAGAAAGCUGUCUUCAAGAGUUUCGUUGGGAUUCUGGAUCAAAAAGUACUGAAUGGCCAUGGAAAGAACAUUUACCAUCUGAUAGUAUUAUUCUGUUACAUUUGUUUGCUACUUAUAUGGAUACACGUAUGCCACCGCAUCCCAAAUGUUUAUCUGGUCGUGUGUUCAGUCAAUUGAAUGUUGUUCGAAUUCCAGAUAAGCCUGAUUUGAAAAGUAAACAUAAUUGUCAAUUUUAUCAAGUUGCUGUACAACCACCUCAAUUUAAAUUAGUAUUAAAUGGAAGAAUCUACAAUUUUAUAUCAGGUCAAAAAAAUAUCUACCAUGCUAUUUUAUUAUUCUUUCAUUAUUAUGUAACAAGGAAUGGAAAGUUCAGAUCUGUUUCACUUGGUCCAUCAGGUUUAAAUGUUGCAUGGAUAUUUUCUAAAAAUUGAUUAUAAUUAUCAAAAUGUAAAAAGAAGAUAAACACUCUAUCAUGUAUAUGUAUUCCUUUGUCUAAUUAUUGAUGUUUCAUGUUUAUAUUUGUAUUUAAAAAGAGAAAAAUAAAUAAAUCUAGAGUUUAUGUUAAA